UUGCGUUGAUUAUUCUCGUAUGAGUUUUUAGUAAAUCUUAGCUUGGGGCGGUUGAAUGAGAAAACAAAACAAAUUAUGGAAAAAAGUGUAUUUUUUAAAGAAAACUGAAUAUUUUUAAACCAGUCGCAUUUUUCCUGCUAGAGCCAACACGACGCUGAACUGCCUGCGAAAUAUUCGGAACAGAAAACUAUGACGAGGAACAAACAUAUCAAAGGGUCACACAAAGGCUCAGCUAUUAAAGUCCUGGAUAAAAGCUUAGAAACUGUUGACAAGCCAACAAACUCCGAUUGUUUGGAUGAAGAGGAACAAGGUUUUGGAGGUUGGCUCAGAUCCACAAAUGGUUUAGAAACGAUGAAGCUGUUCGUGAUUGCCAACAGUAUUGUGAUGCUCACGACUUUGGCCUAUCCUCACAUGCAAAAUAUCAUCGGGAUUGUAUCCGAUCUAAUGUAUGGACCAGACUCUAUAUAUUGAAUAAAUCACCCUUAUCAAUCUGUAUUCUUGGUAUAAUAUUUAUGUCAUUUAUUAUUUGUUUUUUAGUACAGCUGAAUUAGUGCAUUCGACUUUUCAAAUUAUUCCAUAGUAUUUUUAACUAUUUAAAAAAGAGAGAUACUCAGCUCUGUGGUUUUUGUUGUUGAUUUUAAGUUAUAUUCGUUCCUAAAUUAACUUUUUCUUUAUUAUUAAUUCGUUCCUUAUCGAAUUAAUACUAUUGUGCUCAGUUUCAAUGCAGGUUUACGUCUCUUUAGUUAUUUCUCAUUGUUUAUUUUGGUUUUUUAAAUAAUAUAUUCGUCUAGUUACAUAUCGUUUAUUUCAAUUUAAAAUGUUCAGCCUAAUAUUUCGCUUAGUAUUUACAUUAAGUGUUUUGGUGUGGUAUUUUGUGAAUGUAUGGAAUAUGAUCGCCGAUUAUUUUAAUAAAGAAUUUCAUAAGCUGUUAUCCAAUGAAUCGGAUUCGAUAGAAGAAUUCGAAUUAUAAUGAAUGUGGUUAUAUAAAAUAAACCCUAAAAUGUAUCGUCAUUCUUUUUGAUUAAUUUUUUCAAUUCAAAUUUAAUUUUUACGUUCACUUGCUAAUUUAUCUGAAAAUAUAUUGAAAGUUUUAAA